GGUCAUCUCACUAUCCUGAAAGUUUAUUCUCCCAAGAAGAAAGAACAGAAAGAUCGCUUUGUACUAAAGUCUUGGGUGUCCCAUGAACGAGCCAGCAGAAAACCGAUUGGGGUGCAGUAGGACUCCAGAGCCAGACAUAAGGCUCAGAAAAGGGCACCAACUUGAUGGUACAAGGGGAGGUGAUAAUGACAACCACCAAGGAGAUUUGGAGUCCAUUUUAGAGGCAUCUGUUCUUUCUUCCCAUCGUAAAACGGGUGCUGAGGAACAUGAAUGCAAUGACGAAGCUUCUCAGGAAGAUGAGGGGUUUAUGGGCAUGUCCCCUCUCUUACAAGCCCACCAUGCCAUGGAAAGAAUGGAGGAGUUUGUUUGUAAGGUAUGGGAAGGUCGGUGGCGAGUGAUCCCUCAUGAUGUACUACCAGACUGGCUCAAGGAUAAUGACUUCCUUUUACACGGACACCGGCCUCCUAUGCCUUCUUUCCGGGCCUGUUUCAAGAGCAUUUUCAGAAUACACACAGAGACAGGCAACAUCUGGACACAUCUCUUAGGUUGUGUAUUCUUCCUGUGCCUGGGGAUCUUUUAUAUGUUUCGCCCAAACAUCUCUUUUGUGGCUCCUCUGCAGGAGAAGGUGGUCUUUGGGUUAUUUUUCUUAGGAGCCAUUCUCUGCCUUUCUUUUUCAUGGCUCUUCCACACAGUCUACUGCCACUCAGAAGGGGUCUCCCGUCUCUUCUCUAAACUGGACUACUCUGGUAUUGCUCUUCUGAUUAUGGGAAGUUUUGUUCCUUGGCUUUAUUAUUCUUUCUACUGUAAUCCACAACCUUGCUUCAUCUACUUGAUUGUCAUCUGUGUGCUGGGCAUUGCAGCCAUUAUAGUCUCCCAGUGGGACAUGUUUGCCACCCCUCAGUACCGUGGAGUAAGAGCAGGAGUGUUCUUGGGCCUAGGUCUGAGUGGAAUCAUUCCUACCUUGCACUACGUCAUCUCGGAGGGAUUCCUGAAGGCUGCCACCAUUGGGCAAAUAGGCUGGUUGCUGUUGAUGGCCAGUCUCUACAUCACAGGAGCUGCCCUGUAUGCUGCCCGGAUCCCUGAACGCUUCUUUCCUGGCAAAUGUGACAUCUGGUUUCACUCUCAUCAGCUGUUUCAUAUCUUCGUGGUUGCUGGAGCUUUCGUUCACUUCCAUGGUGUCUCAAACCUCCAGGAAUUCCGUUUCAUGAUUGGCGGGGGCUGCAGUGAAGAGGAUGCACUGUGAUACCUACCCAUAGCCAGGGACUGUGACCUUGACCCAGGGCCUGCAACACCUGCGGGCCUCCCCGCUGGCCAUUGAUGCCAGUACCAGAGGAGCCCCAAAACUUUGACAGCCUCAUGGGCUUUGUGACAGCCCAGGGGCUCCAUGUGGUACGUGACUGAGAAGAGAAAAAAAUAAAUCAUACCUCAAAGGACGAAGUGCAUCAAUUUGGAGAAAAGGAGAAAUAGCCCAAACCCUGGCUUGUUCUUGGGAUCUACCGAUUAAGGGCUCUGCAAGACCCUUGACAAGCUGGCUUCUGCUCCGUAUCAUAUUUAUUUGUCAAAGAUGGGGAAACAGUGGAGCUGGUGGUUCUUUCUUCUCCCUCUCUCUCUCCUUAGGAUGAUAAUACAAACCAAUGUAGGUGGACAUUUAUAUCCAAUUAAGGGGUGGGAGUGUGAUUUUAGAUGCUCUUUUGGGAGAACACAGACAGUAGUGUAAAUAAGAUUUCUAACUUACCGUUUCAAUAAGAAUUUCUAUAAAUGUUUAAAACAUAGGGUAGGGGAGGGAGGGAGAAUUUUGUAUAGAAUGAAACAUGCAAGUACCACACACUGUUUCAAUUUUGCACAAAGUGACUGAAGGAGGAUCAGGUGAUAGCCCCGGAGUGUACAGUGUCUUGGUUCACCAAGGUGCCUUUAAAGGCCAACACACCUUGGACUCUGGUGGGGCAGAGCACAGCCCCAGCGCAGUGGUCACUGACCGUUGUCAAGCCUGGGAGCCUGUGGGAGUCCCGAGGUCGAGGGAAGUAGUAUGUGUUUUCUCCGGGGAAGCAGCACACACAUAGCUGGCAGUGUGUGUUAGAUAAAGGCUCUAGUUAAGGUGUCAUCUGAGGCUGACUUGAGGUUGGUAGUGACCCUUACUCUUUCUGUGGAGGAGAGCCACCUGCUUCUGCCAUUAUGCUGGUAAAGGUGGUGGGGAUGGUGGAAGGGCUCAGGAAAUGUUAGCAUGGGCUUAUCUGAUCACUUCCUGGCAUUCUGCUCAAUUUUGUGGUAACUCUUGUAAGAGCGGUGUGAGUUUUCCUCCUCCUCACUGUGGAGCUCUGUAACACCCUGCAUACUUCCUUCUGUUGAAAACCACUGCCCUAACUACCCUUCCUCUUCCUGGGAAUACACAUGGACCUUUCCCUGACAUCAUAGUUGGCAUGGAGGUGGCCAGAAAUGAGAUUCUGUCUUGUCCAGGUUUCUUUUGAGCUCAGUACAUAGGCCGGGAGACCCUUCCGUUGGAUUAGAAAAGAUGAGUUUCACCUCUGGCACGCAGUCUUGGUAAGCCUAGGUGUGACAGACACUGCAGCACUCAUUGAACAAGAAAGCCAGCAGAACUCUUGUAAAGCCAGGUCUAGUACCCACUGUGGAGCUGCCAGCAUGGUGCAAAGCUUAAAGGAAAUGGUAUGUCAUUGCCAGGGGGUCUGCCAAAAUCCUUAGAGCCCUGGCUUUGAAUUGCUGCUAGAAGUGCUAAACAAUUGCUUAUGUUGCAGGGUUAUCUUGUGGGGUCAGGGAGAGAGUGGUGGGGGAAGUAUCUGGUUCACAGAAUUCUGAUCUGGCCUCCUGGUGAACCACCAAAAAUAGCACCCGAGUCUUAGGUUGCUGUCAUCAAAGACUUGGGGUGGCUCCAUUACAUCCUGGGGACUGUAUUAGAACUAAACCUUGAGGCCCUAAGCAUAGGGGCUGGUAUCCUCAGUGGGUAUUGGGGAUAUGGGUCUCUUUAUUUAUUCAGCAGAGUCUUCUCAGAUCUUUUUCUCCCUUCUUCCCCUUCCAAUCUCCAGUAAAAGCUGGGAUCCAUGAAGAAAGACUCCAGUGUAGAAGUUGGGAAGAACUUAAGAGUAUUUUGGUUCUGGAUAAGGUCACUGCCCUGGGUGCUAGGUAGACCGAGCAAAAGACAGUGGGUGAACUGGUGCAGUGCCUGACAGAAUUCUGAAGAAUAGUAUUAAUCCCUUUGAGAAUAUAUAGUCCAGCAGGACGGUGGCCCUCUGGGUGGACGCGCACUUAGUUUCAUGGGAGCAACAGCACGUAUCAGAAGCCAGCCUUGCUCUUUGGUCAUGCACUUUGGGGUACAGGGUACAGGGUGCAGCCCGGUAACACCACCAGCGGGGAUAGCAGGCUCUGGCCCAGUCACCCACGCCCACAGCUGGAAGACUCUGGUUCAACAUAGCACAAACCCUUAGGACAAGUGAAAUUAACUUCACCAAUGUGUAAUCCAGUCAACAUCUCCCUCUCGGGUGUGUGUGUGUGUGGGCAUACGUGUGCCCAUUUCCGUGUGUGUCUACGUGCAGCUCACUACCAACAGCCUCGAUGUGCACUUGAUCUCGCAGUGCUCGCUGAGAACUCUCACCAGGUUGGUGCCUGAAUGCCUUACUCUCAGCAGUCAGAGGCUUGCUUGCUCUGUGCAAAUUUUUAAUUUUCUUUUUUGGCCCUAGGCUGGUUAGGACCUCUACAGCUUCAUUCUUUCACCAUUAAAUAGUGGCCUUUUCAGUAUUUUCCCCCUUCCCCUUUAUAAAUUGCUAAAGCCACAAAGCACAUUUUUGGGGAUCAUAGAAGGUUGAGGUUCAUGAAAGGCAUUUGUUGUGAUAGUUCCAUUCAUGUGGGAUUUCCCUACUUGCUGUAUUCUCAAUUUCUUCUAAUAAAAGCAACCAAAUGGAAUU